CAGGGAGGAGAAAUGAAUACCGGUGGACAUCGAGCUCCCGCUCUGUACCAGAUCAGCUGAUGUCAGCCAGCUGAUCGGGAUAUUACUAAUCAAUCCGCACCGGAAACGCGAAAUGAUGCUACUUCCGGUCACCGCUAUCGUUUACGUUGGUGAAUAAAGUGUUGUGAGUUCCCCUGAUAUCAUGGAUCCUUUCACCUUUUACCGACAUUUACUGAAAUUCAUCUUAAAAGGUGAAUUUGACCCGGACGUUGAACGCGCAGAUCAAGCCAAAUUGAGACGCGUAUCCUCAAAUUUCAUCGUUAAAGACAACAGACUCUUCUACAUCGGCCCCAGCUAUCAGUACAUGCGGCUAGUUGUGCUGUCAGAGGAAGAGAAGACAUCUGUUCUGGCAAAGUGCCACAUUAACCCUGGUACUUGGAAUCACAACGGCGUCAGGAGCACCAGGGACAAAGUUAUCGCUGGCUACUACUGGCACAACCUGAUACAGGAUGUUAAAGACUGGGUCAAGAACUGUGAGCGCUGCCAGGUUGAUGAUCGCAUCAAGACUAUUGUGUCAGUGACACAAGCCAUUAAGAAAACAGAAAAGAGCACACUCAAAUCAGAGAUCAAGACGGAACAACAGUCCAUUACCAUACAGCCUAACUCUCCGGACUCCCCUCCUCCAGCACCCAGCACACCUGAAAUACCUGAUACACCUGCUGCCCCGACUCGGAAGAGAAAGGCAGAGCCCGAUGUGUCCGACUCUCAGCACCGCGUCCUUAAUGUUAUUAGUUAUCAACCAGACGAGGAGGAGCAUUUUCUUCUGAGUCUAGCUGGGGCUUUGAGGCGACUUCCUCCACGCAUUCGAUCAGAGGUUAAAACCAAAUUUCAGUUGAUUCUACACGACGCAGAAUUUUGCUUUGACACAAGUAAAACACACACAUGCAGAUGCUCACAAACCGAAUGAAUAUGUACAGUAGACAUAGCUUUAUUUUUUAUUCCUGUUGACACUUUGUUUUGUUAUUAUAAAUCUCUACUUGAGAAUUAAAAUAUGAUUGAAAUGAUUCAUCCUUCUCAGUAAUUACUUUUCCUCUUUUGAUCAAGAUAACUGUUUAUAUGUUGCAUUGUGUAGCUUUGUAGAAAAAUAAAACUUCUGCUACAGGAAA